AUUUGUUUUCCUUUAAACAGGUUUCUUCCUUGUAUUUGAGGGGGUGAACAAGAAGAUUCUAGACUCGAUGAACUGAAAUGUCGGAAAAAUCAGGUCAAAGCACAAAAGCAAAGGAUGGAAAAACAAAAUAUGCAACACUUAGUUUGUUUAACACUUACAAAGGAAAAACUUUGGAAACACAGAAAACUACAGUUGCAGCACGCCAUGGAUUGCAGAGUCUUGGGAAAGUUGCCAUUUCAAGGAGGAUGCCUCCUCCUGCUAACCUCCCCAGCCUGAAAGCAGAGAACAAAGGCAACGAUCCCAACAUAAACAUUGUGCCUAAGGAUGGCACUGGCUGGGCUUCUAAGCAAGAACAGCAUGAGGAAGAAAAACAGCCAGAAGUGCCACAGACUCCGCCAAAGCCUGCUACUCCUGCUCCUCCAGAAGCACCUCCCAUUGCCAAAUCCUGGGCCAAUACCAAGCAAGGUGGGCAGGGUGACGGUCCUGGAGUUCAGGUAAAUAGUUAUUUCCAGCAAGAAUUUCCUAGUCUUCAGGCAGCUGGAGAUCAAGAAAAGACAAGCAAAGAGAAGGAUGCAGCUGAAGAGCCUUAUGGUCCUGGGCCUAGUUUACGACCACAAAAUGUUGCUAGCUGGAGAGAAGGUGGAGGCAGGAAUCUGAAUUCUCCAAACUCACCAGCUGAUCAGGAAGCAAAACCUCUUGCUCAAGAAGAUGGCGAUGGCCCUGGGCCAACGGAGCAGCAGGAUGGCCCGAAGGUCCCAGAGAAGAGGGAUGUGAGAGUAGCGCAGCCCCCUGCACCCAAGCUGAAUGGUCAGCAGCAGCCUGGCAUCUUGCCUCAGUACCGAGCAAUGAUGCCACCCUACAUGUUCAAUCAGUACCCUAAACUGGCAUACCCUGCAAUGCCAGGUCCCAGCAGGUUUCCUGCUCCUCCUGAAGCCAGCAGAGGGCCGAGAGGAAGAGGACCUUCUUCCUGGGGAUCAGAAACUAUUGAACGUCCAUCCAUCUUGAGUGCUAAUGAACUCAAAGAACUUGAUAAGUUUGAUAAUUUGGAUGCUGAGGCUGAUGAAGGCUGGGCUGGAGCCCAAAGUGAGGUAGAUUAUACUGAACAGUUGAACUUCAGUGAUGACGACGAUACGGGAAGUAACCAGAAAGAACAGGAAAGCAGUAAUGAACCUACAAAAGAUGUGGAGAAGAAAGAUACAGAAGACGUUAAAUCAACUCCUUUGCAGUCAGUUGCAUCCAAAGGGCCCUUCAACAAAAGCAAUCAGUUUGACCAGGGGCGGGGUCUUCCACCAGCACAACCUUCAGCUCUUGAGAGGGGCAGUGCUGCCCUCCAUCCAAAAUCUGUUCUUCAGCAUCCACUUCCAGAUCGCUUGACAGGGCCAGGACGGCAAGGUCCCUUUCCUCCUAGGCCAGUACCAGAUGAAGAUGAGAUUUGGAAGCAGAGGAGAAGACAGCAAGCAGAAAUAUCUGCAGCUGUAGAACGGGCCCGAAAAAGACGAGAGGAGGAGGAGCGAAGAAUGGAAGAGCAAAGAAAAGCUGCCUGUGCUGAGAAGCUAAAACGGUUGAAUGAGAAAUUUGGCUGUGUAACAAAGCCAUCCCGGGAAGACCCACUGAAAGAAAAAGAAAAGGUCAAGGAGAAGGAAAUUGAAAAGGAGAGGGAAAAAGCAAGUGAAAAGGAAAGAGAAAAGGUGAUAGAAAAGGAGAAAGAAGAAAUAAAGACCCAAGAGAGGGAAAAGGAACCAGAGAAAGAGGAGGAGCAGGAGGAGAAAGAAAAAGUGGAAGAUAAACCUAAAAAUGAAGUAUCUGAACCACAAGAGCCAGUCACUCCACCUGUGAUUGCAGAGAAACCGCAAGAAGGUGAAACCAGCAACGAGGAAGAGAGAGAGAGUCAGGCUGUUUCCGCCACACAAGAAAGCAGUCCUCAUGAAAGAGAGAGCCCUCAUGAAAGUGAGCCUGACUCUGGUGCUCAGCCUCGUCCGGCGAUUUCAUCUGGCUAUUCAAAGCAGUUCCAGAAGUCAUUACCACCGAGGUUUCAGAGGCAGCAGGAGCAGAUGAAGCAGCAGCAGUGGCAGCAGCAGCAGCAGCAAGGGGUCCUGCCGCCGUCUGCGCCGUCACAGCCCUCCAGUGGCCCCGUGCCUCCCCCUCCGCACAGGCCCCUGUACCAACCCCUGCAGCCACACCCCCCGCACUUGGCCUCCAUGGGCUUCGAUCCGCGGUGGCUCAUGAUGCAGUCGUACGUGGAUCCACGAAUCAUGUCGGGAAGGCCUGCGAUGGACAUGCCACCCAUGCACCCAGGAAUUAUACCUCCCAAGCCACUUCUGAGGAGGGAACAGAUGGAAAGUGCAGGGACGGGUUCAGAAUCCUUUGAUCAUGUUACUCGGCCGGCAAGAGAGCACACUAUCCCGCUGUCAGAGCCAUGUGUGAUGUGGGGGUCAGAGCCCUAUCCUCUCGCAGAGCCUCAACAGAAUGGCACUCCUCCAAAAGUUGUAGAAGAACAUGAAGCUCUAAGGCCAGAGGCACUUCCAGAUCAAGAAGAAAUUACUGUGCGGGCAGUUUACCCAGGAGAGCCAGCUCCGUUGGACUCGCAUGCGAAGCCUGACUUCUUCAAGGAGCCCAGUGAAGUGAGUGCCCAUAAAUCUUCAAGCAGGUCUUCAGAAGAUGCACAGCCGCGGGAAGCUGACCCAGUGGCUCCUACAGCAAAUUUUGAAGUGACUGCAGAAAAUGUCUCUCAGAGUUCCAAGGACGAGCAGGUGCCUGCAGAAGAGAGUAACUCUUCCCUGAAGAGAAGUCUUUCUCAUGGCUCAAGCCAUUCUCUGAAAUCAGAAGAGCAAGGGAACGAAACGCCAGGAAUUAUUUCCAAAGCAAACAGUAGACACACUGAACUAAAAGAAACAGUGCUUGACCGAGCAGACAGCAAACUAAAAAAGGAAGGGUUCACCUCUAAUAGAUUGUUGGAAGGACCCAAGCCCGAUAAGCCCUUCAAGCCUAAAUCUGAAACCAGGUGGGGUCCAAGACCGGGCUAUGGCAGAAGAGAAGAAGGGAGUGACCGACCAGUGAGAAGGUCUGGCCCUAUUAAGAAGCCUAUCCUUCGAGAUAUGAAAGAAGAGCGUGAGCAAAGAGAGGAGCGUGAGCAGAAGAAAGAGCGAGAGGGAGAAAAACUGGCAAAUGAGAAAGCUGGCAGGAUUGAGAAACGGGAGCAGCCUCCGGCGCCACCAUCCAAGCCAGAACCAGAGAAGCCUGUCACCGAGAGUGAAGGGGCGCCACUGAGCACACCGCAAGCUCCAGAACCUGCAGAAAGUCCCGUGCAGUCUGCAGUUACACCUGCGGUUCAGCCGGCCCAUGUCGUCCAGCCUGCGGCGGCAGCAACCCCUGUGCCCCCACCUCCAGCUGUGGUCCCGUCGCCCUCGCCGGCACUCCCACUGCUGCCUAAUCCACAAACAGCAGCCGAGCUUCCACCCCUUCCUGCCCAGCAGCCACCAGUUCAACAGCCUGUCAGUGCAGUCAAGGAGGAAAAGCAGCCGGAGAAAGCAACGAACAAAGAACGAGCUGCGGAGAGACCUCGUAUGGAAACCAGGCCUGUGAAGAGAGAGCCUGGUUUACCUCCUCGAACGUACUGGAAAGAAGCUAGGGACAGGGACUGGUUCCCGGACCAAGGGUACAGAGGCAGAGGGCGUGGGGAGUAUUAUUCCAGGGGGCGCAGCUAUAGAGGCUCUUACGGAGGCAGGGGGCGAGGUGGGAGAGGCCACAAUCGAGACUAUCCGCACUACAGAGACACUAAGCCUCGAGUGGAGCAUCUGCCUCCUGGUCCACUCAGGCAGAGGGAAGAGAGUGAGACCCGUAGUGAGAGCUCGGAUUUUGAAGUCGUUCCAAAACGGCGAAGGCAGAGAGGCUCCGAAACUGACUCUGACAGCGAAGUGCACGAAAGCGCGAGUGACACCCUUCUUUCGGACAAGGACAGUCUAGGCAAAGGCAAGCAUCCCCGGAGAGAAGAAAAGGCCGAUGUCAAAAAGUCUGCAAAAGUCCUUUUGUCUUUCAAGCCUGAAAAUAACAUGCGAGGAGACAAUAAAGUUUCAGACAAAACUUACGGGAGGGAAGAUGAAAAUAAGCCCAAACCAGGUUUUCUUCCCAAAGGAGAACCUUCUCGACGUGGCAGAGGAGGAGUGUUUAGACGUGGGGGUAGAGAUCCAGUUGGCCGCCCGCCUCGGCCGUCCACUCUUAGGAGGCCAGGCUACCGGGAAAAUCAGUGGAACCCACGGCAGGCCGAAACCUCCAAAGUCGAAGAUGGGGAGCCCCCACGACGGCAUGAGCAUUAUGGCUCCAUGCCGGUGGAUAAAAGACUACCCGCAAAGUUUGAGAGGAAAUUUGAUCCCACGAGGGAAAGGCCUCGGAGGCAACGGCCUGCACGACCUCCCAGGCAAGAUAAGCCGCCACGCUUCCGACGCCUAAAAGAGAGGGAGGCCGCAUCAAAAAUAAGUGAAGCCACAACUAGUUCAUCAUCAAGUGCUGCAGUGAACAAUGCUGUGAAUGAGCAGCCAGGCACGACUUUGGAUGUUUCAGGAAAUAAGACUCCAGACUUGUCCAAUCAGAAUUCUUCAGACCAGGCUAAUGAAGAAUGGGAAACUGCCUCAGAAAGCAGUGAUUUCAAUGAGAGGCGUGAGAGAGAUGAGAAGAAGCUAACAGAUGUCACAACGCAGGUGGUUGUUAAAGCAGGGGAAAGCACACUAACGCCCAAACGGGAAAUAGCCAAGAGAAGCUUCUCCAGCCAGAGACCUGGGAUUGAUCGGCAGAAUCGUCGUGGCAAUAGUGGCCCACCCAAAUCUGGACGAAACUUCUCAGGACCAAGGAAUGAGAGGAGAAGUGGUCCUCCAACAAGAAGCGGGAAACGAGGACCGUUUGAAGAACAAAUGCCAGUUGUCGUUAGUGCUGAUCCGGUCAGCAAUAAUGUGCAUCAGGAUGAAAGUGGGAGCAGUGCUGCUCUGAAGGCUUCCAAGGAUGCCACCAACAAGAAGCGAGAAGAGUCCAAAGCUGGCCCCAAAAAGCCAAAAGAAAAAGUGGACGCCAUCUCUCAGUUUGACCUCAACAACUACGCAAGUGUUGUCAUUAUUGAUGACCACCCGGAAGUGACUGUAGUCGAAGAUUCCCAGUCAAAUCUGAACAAUGAUGGUUUUACUGAAGUGGUAUCCAAAAAGCAGCAAAAACGCUUACAAGAUGAAGAACGCCGGAAAAAGGAAGAGCAAACAGUGCAGGUCUGGACCAAAAAGAGUUCAAAUGAAAAAGGAAGAUGCCCAAAUUCUAAACUGCCACCCAGGUUUGCCAAGAAGCAGCAGCAGCAGCAGCAGGCAACAGCCGCCGCAGCCGCCGCCGCUGCCGCCGCCGCAGCUCAACAGGCUCAGACGCCACUGCCACUGCCGUGCACACCUCAGAUUCCCAGUCCACAGAGCUCAGUCCAACCACAAGCACAGGCUGCCUGCGCAGGAAACAGCAACACAGAAUAUGCAGCCACAAGCAAAAAUCUGCAGAACGCUCCUUCGCACAAUACUGUCGGGCCUGAAUUAUGGGAGAAUAAAGUGCCACCCACUGCAGUCCUCAAUGACAUCUCUAAAAAAUUGGGACCCAUUAGUCCUCCACAACCUCCUUCAGUCAGUGCAUGGAAUAAGCCAUUGACAUCAUUUGGCUCAUCUACAUCUCCAGAGGGAACAACGCCUGGCCAGGAUAAUGGAAUUGAUUUGGGAAUAGAAACCAUCCAGUUUGGAGCUCCAGCAUCUAGUGGGAGCGACAAUGAAGUUGGCCCAGUUUCAGACAAGUCCUCUGAGAAGCUUCUUGAACCCAAAGAGCAAAGGCAAAAGCAACCCCGAGCCGGACCUAUAAAAGCACAGAAGCUUCCAGAUUUGAGUCCUAUAGAAAACAAAGAGUACAAGCCGGGGCCCAUUGGGAAAGAGCGGUCCCUGAAGAACAAAAAAGUAAAAGAGGCUCAGCAGGGUGACUCUGAGGGGCAAGAGAAGUCCAGUCCCACCACGGUCAGAAGCCCAGACCCCGUUACCUCUAAAGAAACGAAGGCAGCUGCUGAACUUGGAACUGAAAUAGGAACAAUGAUUUCAGUGUCUGCUCCAGAGUUUGGCACAACCCAGAAGGAGUCUGUAACAGACUAUACAACACCCUCAUCUCAUUCCAGUACAGUGGCAACAAGCAGCGCAAAGAUGGAGGAAGCUUUAGUGACUAAUGUGCCCCUGCCCCACACCCUCCCCCUCCCUAGGAGGGAGACUCUCCAACAGAGCUCCAGCCUAACGCCAGUUUCUCCCGCUACCGUCGACCUCACCCGCAAGAUGGAAUCUGCCCGCAAGGCAUGGGAGAAUUCCCCCAACGUGGGAGACAGGAAUUCACCAGUGACAUCUUCGGCGUGUCCUGUGACGAGUGGCAGCAGUGGAGGCGGGGGCAGCAGCAGUGGCGGUGGACCAGCCAGUGGUACAUACAGCUCUUUCUCAAGCGCAUCAGUGCCUCCCAUUCCUGUGGCUUCAGUGACACCUACCACUUCGUUGUCAGGCGCUGGAACAUACACUACCUCUUCACUGAGUACGAAGACCACCACCACCUCUGACCCACCCAACAUCUGUAAAGUGAAGCCACAGCAGUUACAGACAAGUAACUUGGCAUCUGCUGGUCACUUUUCCCAGCUAAGCUGUAUGCCGUCGCUAAUUGCCCAGCAGCAGCAGAGUCCACAGGUCUAUGUGUCUCAGUCGGCAGCAGCUCAGAUUCCCACUUUCUAUAUGGAUACAAGCCAUCUGUUCAACACCCAACAUGCACGCCUGGCUCCUCCUUCCCUGGCCCAGCAGCAAGGAUUUCAGCCAGGACUCUCACAGCCUACUUCGGUUCAGCAGAUACCAAUCCCCAUAUAUGCCCCAUUGCAAGGUCAGCAUCAACCCCAGCUAGGAUUAGGAGCAGCACCUGCUGUCUCCCAGGCUCAGGAAUUGUUCAACUCUUCAUUACAGCCCUAUAGAUCCCAGCAGGCUUUUAUGCAGAGCGGCCUGUCUCAGCCGUCCCCAGUGGUUCUCUCUGGCACGGCUUUGCACAACUUCCCAGCAGUGCAGCAUCAGGAGCUCGCCAAGGCACAGUCCAGCCUCGCCUUUCAGCAGACUUCGAACACUCAGCCCAUCCCCAUCCUGUACGAACAUCAGCUGGGCCAAGCGUCAGGACUGGGAGGUUCCCAGCUCAUUGAUACGCAUCUGCUUCAGGCCAGAGCUACUCUUACCCAGGCCUCCAAUUUGUAUUCUGGACAGGUUCAGCCGCCAGGCCAGACCAGCUUCUAUAACACUGCUCAGUCUCCCAGUGCGCUCCAGCAGGUAAACUAUAACACGGUGACAGUACCUAUACCAGGAUCACAACUUUCUUUGCCCAACUUCGGAUCCGCUGGUCAGCCUUUAAUCGCUCUUCCACAGACCCUGCAGCCGCCACUGCAGCACACCCCCCCACAGCCUCCCGCUCCGAGCCUGAGUCGGCCGGCGCAAGUGGGCCAGCCCUUCCGAGGGCUCAUUCCAGCUGGAACCCAGCAUGGCAUCAUAGCAGGCAAGAUGGCAGAAAUGGACCUGAAAGCCUUCGGAAGUGGCAUUGAUGUUAAGCCUGGCACACCUCCAGUUUCUGGGCGAAGCACCACUCCAACUUCUAGUCCCUUCCGGAACUGUGAAGACAGAAUGGCUGCACACUUGCCAAAUUUCCAUUUAUUUCAGCAGAACUUACACAGGGCCGCUUCUACAAGUCCGAACAGUCAGUCGAAUAAAAUGAAUACCAUUGUCUACCAGAAGCAGUUUCAGUCGGCAGCCGUGAGGAUGGCCCAGCCGUUUCCUCCUCAAUUCACACCCCAGAUUCUCUCUCAGCCUAACCUGGUCCCUCCAUUGGUAAGAGCCCCACAUACUAACACCUUCCCAGCACCUGUUCAGAGGCCGCCGGUGGCACUGGCUAGUCAGGUGCCGCCUCAGAUGACCACAGGCCUUUUGAGCCACCCUCGUUUGCCACACGUGGCCAGGGGUCCCUGUGGAUCACUCUCUGGAGUCAGAGCCAGUCAGGCCCAGGCUGCGAUGAAGGCUGAACAAGACAUGAAGGCAAAGCAGAGAGCAGAAGUCCUUCAGUCCACCCAAAGAUUCUUCUCUGAACAACAGCAGAGCAAGCCACCUGGAAGCAAAAUACCGAAAGUGGGCGACAGCGGGAAUAAAGCCCCCGAGACGAUAGCAGACUCCUCCUCAGGGGCCUGUCCAGACAAAGUGGAGGAGAAGCAGAGUGCCACCCCUGCAGCAGCCCCAAAGCCUGUUAGGACUGGACCAAUUAAGCCUCAGGCCAUCAAGACUGAAGAAACGAAGUCAUAAAUGCUGUGCCCGUUCGUGUCCAUAUGGGGAGUGAACUGACAGCGGCACAAAUGUGUGGCCCAGAGGGCAAGGCAUGCGUGACCCUCCAAGCCACGAGUGGCAUACAGACUCUGAUGGGGAUGGCUGCAGGCCCAAAGGGCCCGGGGAUCUUGGGGCUUGUAGCUUCCAUGCAGCCGCAUGAACGAGCAUGGCCUCUCUGCUUUCCAAGGACGCAAAAUGAAAAAUAAUGCUCUUGAGUCGUCUUAUUUUUCCGAAGGUAUAUGCUCUUCAGUUUGUUUGCUGCUGUUUCAUUUUGGAAAGGGAGACAGAUGGACAAGGCCAUGCUGGAGAGAAAUAAAUUUGCUUUCAUGUUGCUCAGCAUCCCAAGAAAAUGUUGGACCUUAAUAAUGCAGCGAGAAACUUUAAGGCAGUUGAUAGUCACACAGAGCCAUUGAAUCACCCACCCCACAAAAUGUCACUCUGUGUCAGACCCCUAAAAGGCAGUGUUGCUGCAGUUGGAUGCGGUCCUGACCUCAGCUGGAAGGAUGCUGUUCACCCUGUGACACUCUAGCAGCAGAGGGAUGGAGCUGGGCGGACUCCCUCGAAGGGUUGCGUUGCCAGUCACCUUGCGCUCUCGCUCCGUCGCCCCGAUCCUCCAGUGGUUUUCAGCUUAUGUCUGUGUAGAGCAACAAGCACUUGACCUGGUGCCUCACGAGAGCAUCCUCUGGAAUGGCGCGUCCUCCUGCCAGAGCUGCAUCGCACCUCUUCCUCGCUCACUGUGUGCUAAGAAAUAGAAUCAAGUCAAAUAAUGCCUUCUUAAUUGUAUCUUUCUAGUAGUAUAGCUGUAGGGAAAGUACUGUACGAUAACUUCUGUGAAUGUAAAAUAUCCCAUACCUGCUUAUGAUAUGUAAUUGUGAUUGUGCUAUAGCAGAGCUGUUUUAAUGACGUUACUCUAGACUUUUCAGGCCAUGGUUGGAAGUUAAUAACAGCAUCAUGCGCCACCUUGGCUUCCUUUGCGUCCCCUUUGCCCUUUCCCCAGUACUUCUCUGGAACAAAGAGCAAACUAAAAGUCUAAUGUGUAUAAUUUUGUUCAAAUGAUGGCAGAAGCUGGAAAGGUCUGUUGCUGCUAUUGAUGCCUAGUGAGAUGCUAUUGGUUCUUUUUAUAUAAAUAUUAUAAUUUGAAUUUUUGGAAACUUAGCUGUGAUGUCAGCUUUGAGAAAAGAUAUCCACUUGUACUGUGAGUUGGCAUUGUACAGAAAUUAACAGCCAUAUUGGUCUAGAAAUGUUUAAACUUUUUUUUCAUUUGUACAGGGGUAAGGCACUGUAUUAAAUAUGUAAGGUCUUAUUUACAUGGGUUUGAUUACAGAAACUAAUAAAAUAUUCUCUACAUAAA